AUGGGUUCAGUUAAACAUAAUCAAUCUCAUCGUAAUCAACACAAUCCAUCACCAGUUGAUGACCUGCAACUCAUCUACAUCUCUGGUGAAGUUCGAAAAUUAAGACCUGCUCCUCCUCCUUUAGUAAAUGCUUGGAAUUCAAAUGCUUUAAUCUCAUCUUUAAAUGCGUCAACUCCUAAAUCUUUAAAUGAUGAUACAGCCGCUGAAACAAUAAUUAGAAUCGAUGAUGAUACUAUAAAUGAUAAUGAAAAUCAAAUCGAAAUUCUUUCAUCCAUGGAUUUAUCAUCCCCAAUAACUACUACUACAGAUGUUAAUCCAAUGUCAACUGUUGAACCUAAUGAUAGUAGUAGUACUACUACUCUCACUAAUAAUACUACAAAAACUAUCAUAAAAAAGAAUUUAAAAUCAACUCCGGCUUUAAUUCAAGUUGGUAAAAAUAUAAGUAUUAGAAAACCUCUUUUUCCAAAACCAACUAUUAAUGCCACUCAACAUCGUCAUUAUUAUCGUCAUCCCCCUCAUUUCAAUCCUAAAUUUGGUAAUAAUUAUUCUUAUUAUACUACUACUUCGAAUUAUAAAUAUAAUUAUAAUUAUAAUUCAAAUUCAAAUGAAAGUCUUGUUAAUGAUAAGAUUGGUGAUAAUGAAACUAAUAAUGCUGAAAAUGAGAAAAUCAUUAAUGAUAAUAAUAUUGUUGUAGAUGUUGAACAAGUUGAAGAAAAAAAAGAAAUCUCUCCUAAAGUAACCAAAAGUAAAGCCAAAAAAUCAAAACGUAAGAAUGCAAAUAAAUCAGAAAUUAUUAUUAGUGAAGAUAAGCAAUUAGCUGGUGAUCUGGCUAUGAAAAUUGAUGUUGAACCCAUAACUAAUCAAACCAAUUCUUCAAAUGAAAUGAAAGCUGAUAGAUCUAAUAUCAAUGAAAAUAAUAAUAGAGUUGAUAAUUUUAAUCUUCAUAAAUUUUAUGAAUCUUUACCAAUCCCAAAUAAUUCUCCCACUUCAAGUUAUUCAUCUCGUCAUUCUCAAUCUCCAAUUUCACCCAUUAGACAGAAUAAUCCUGUUGAUGAAUUAUACUAUGCUCCUCAUAUUUAUCAUAACUCUCCUUUAUUAUUAAAUUCAUAUGCUUUACUUCCUCCACAACCACAAUCAACUUUAAGAUUUCCAAUUCCAUUACCACCCCCUCAAAAUUAUCCAGUUUUAGAUGGUUCAACUCCACUUGUUUCUCCAUUAUCAUUUCCAACAACUCCUAUUAGAUCAACAUCUCCUAUGAUGGAUAAUGCUAUGGGACCACCAGGACCACCAGGACCACCAGGACCACCAGGACCACCAGGACCACCAGGACCACCACCACAAAUGUAUCCCACAUCAUACUACUCAUAUUAUCCAAUACCUCCUCCUCCUCAUUUUGGUCAUCUUCCACCAACUCAAUACUUUCAUGAGCUUCAUUAUGGUAAUCCAAUGCAACAACCUUUCCAACAACCUAUUAAUCCUCCAUUACCAAAUAUUGAUGAAGUCAAUAGAGAAAAAUCGGAAAAAAUUAAACUUCAAUUAACUUAUUAUUUCUCUACCGAAAAUCUUUGUAAAGAUACUUAUCUUAGAUCUUUAUUUAAUAAAGAAGAUGGAGGUAUUGAAUUAAAAGAAUUACUAAAGUUUCAAAGAUUGAAACUUUUAACUAAUAAUGGAAAAGAUGUUAAUUUAUUGAGAUCCACUAUUAGAGAAAAUUUACCUCAAUUAGAAUUAAUUAAUAAUGAUAAAGCAGUUCGAAUCAAUGAUUGGAAACAAUGGUUACUUUAA